CUUUAAUUUAUUUUGAGUGUUGAACUAUAUUUGGAAGCAGAGUAGCGCUUUCCGUCGAAGCUGUGCAGGCCAGGUGGGAUUCGAUUCUUUUUGAAUUAUGGUGAAAUCAGUGGAGAAUGGAACGACGCUGCCGCCUUUCUUGGUUAAAUGCUACGAGAUGGUGAAUGACGAGUCAACGGACGAGUUGAUUUCUUGGAGCGAUUCCAACGACAGCUUUAUCAUAUGGGAUGAGUCCAAAUUUUCUUCACACUUGCUGCCCAAGUACUUCAAGCACAGUAAUUUCUCCAGCUUCGUCCGUCAGCUCAAUAUCUAUGGUUUCAGGAAAAUUGAUACUGACAACUGGCAAUUUGCUAAUGAGGCCUUCAUCAAAGGGCAGAAGCAUUUGCUGAAGAACAUUAUCCGAAGAAAAAACAGUCACAAUCUGGUGCAGAAGAAAGACGCAGAGCCCGCCCUACAAUCUGAAGAAGAAGACAAGAGACUGGCGCUGUGGAAAGAAGUCGAGAGCCUUAAAACGGAUAGAAAUGCUUUAACACAAGAGCUGACAAACGUAAGACAGCACCAGCAGACUUCACGGAGUAAAAUGCUUCUCUUGGCCGAACAAUUAAAAGGAAUGGAGAAGAACCAGCAGCAGAUGCUGUCCUUCAUCGUCAUGGCAAUGCAAAGCCCUGAGAUUAUGGCUCAGUUCUUCCAGCCGAAAGAGAACAGUUGGCGUGUGGCUGAAACUGGCAAAACUAAACUGAGUGAAGUUAUCGAUGAUUGUGAACCAACUCCUUCGGAUGGAACAAUAGUGAGGUAUCAGCCACCUAAAGAUGGAGCCGCCAAGCCUGCAUGCACAGCAGAAGCUGCCUUCAAUUAUGAAGAUUUUAUGGAAUUGGAUUUUUCUUCUGAUGAAAUGAGAGAUCUUCUGAUGGAUGUGGACUUAUUGUUAGGUCCAAAUCCAGUGGAUGAGAAGCUACUUUCUUUUGAAAAUCAAGGACAAUUUGUUCUUCCGGAUGCACCUGAAAACGAUGCAGUUCUGGAGCAGCUGCUUUUGCCCUAUCCAUCGACACAAAAUGAAGUUCCCGGUGAGGCUUGUACUCACUCUGGAAUGGCAUGCCAGCCAGAUGAAUCUGAGAACUCAGAUGCUUCAGCUGAUGAUGUCAAUGAAGAUCAGAAUCAGAUGGCCGAAGCUACAAAGUUUCAGAGCUCUGAAAAAGUUGAAGUUUUAACUAGACAAAUGGGAUCCCUAACUUCUGAAAUGAGCUGAGAUUUUACCUAUAUCUUGGGCUUUUUGUGGAAAAUGGUUUUGCGUAAGAAUAAGGGAACCAAGAAUCCCCUUUUUCUUCACUCAACUGAAUAUCCAGUCCAGGUAUUAUAAGUAAUAUUUUUGAAAAAUUGAAAUCUAUUCUUUUUGUUAUUUGAUGGUGCACCAUAGUAAAAAGCAACAAUAUUACAAAUAUUUCCUUUAAAUUUAUAUUUUUUU